CUUCGGGAGCCUCCGAAACCAAGGCUCGGAGAUGUGGAGCACACAGGGGAAGGGUCGAGCUGGGACCCACACCCGGCUCUUCCUCCCACACCGCCUGUUGAGCCCAAGGCUCAACUUCAACACAAAGCUCUCCUUCCCUCAAUUCCUUCAACGACGGGUAACCUUCAACGAACACCUACCGGACCAGAACAGAGUGGAGGAGCCGCGCGGGAAGGUGGCACAAAGGCAUGGCCCAGAGGGGUGGCAGAAAGACUCAGCCGGGGCCCUCCACUCCCCAGCCUGCCCGGCCUGGGCAGAGCCGCCGGGCCGCCCGAGUCCUGGGGCUCGCGGAGGAACGGAGAUGGCCUCCGCAGGGGCUCGGGGAAGCCCCCAGGGCGUCGGACCGUCUCACGCGCGCGUCCCGCGCCACUCACCUGUGGGACCCAUAGCGUCGCCCGCCUCAGAGGUGGAAGCCGCCAUUCCGCCAGCGCGCCAAAACGUCGUCAUCAAGGUGCGCGCAGAGCCACGCCCAGCGGCCUGGCGGGAAAAGUGCUUCUACCUCUUUGGGCCGUUACCUCAAAAGGUAUUGACUGAGCGCCCAAUGUAUGCCUGGCACUGGGCUGGGUGCUGCCACCUAAGCGAGCACGACCAAUGCAAGUCUAUCAGGGACGCCCUGACCGCCAAUCAGCUGGCCCCUGCAGUCCGCCGUGCCACUCCCGACGCCUAG